ACCACGAUGUCUUCUGCACCUUCCCCUUCACUGGUUCUCUUUGCUCGCGGGGUCAUCGCCAGGCUUGCUCUCUGGGAAACGCUCACCCUAGCCGUUCAAGAGUCAUGGGGCGGCCCGGGCGCAAAAGAAAAACGGACAUGGAUGGCAGGCGUCGUCGUCGAUAUGUUCGAGGAGAAACAAUCUAAAACCAACUCAGCAUCAUCCUCCAACGUCGAUUCCCGCGUAGAACCAGAGGACAUCGAGGAUACUCUACUCCAAAUCAUGGCUGAUGAAUUUGAAGUCCAUGUCGAGGAUGGUAGCGCGGAGACCUUGGGCAAAGAUAUCGUCCAACUAUGGGACGCGAUCAUAAACUCAGCCAGUCCUAGUUCUACAACGAUUACCCAUUCUGAGGGUGAGAAAAAGGUUCAGGAGUGGGAGUCACGCGUUGAGAGCGCAAAAGGGCGCAAAAUCCAGGCGCAUUACCAAGAAGCGGUCGAAGAGGAUGGCGAUUGGGAAGAUGAUGAUAGUGAAGGUGACGAUGAAGACGGUGAUCAUCCGAUGGACGAAGAUGAAGUUCCACACCUUAUCGAUUCCAACCGCGGUCAGAGAAAACCAGAAGUUGACGAAGAUGGCUUUACUCUAGUUUCGAGUCGACGAAAACGGUGA